AUGACCUCUACGGCCAGCAUGGCUAACAUUGCAGAUCCCCCUGCGCUCUCCUACGGUGGCCACUUGAACAUUUCUGCGGCCGAAGUGGAUGUCGCAUCCAUGCGUUCUGGAGCACCUCAGGAACACGGUGAGAAGGAGAAAGACCAUGAGACUGUUAUCUUGGAGGCAAAUGUCGAGGAUGAGAAGUCAGUUACGGGGGACGUCGGUGACAAUGUCGAGGAUGACGAGGAAAAAACUUUGCUUGGAACAGAUGUCCCAUUCGUGAGCCUCCCUCGCUAUUCGCAGCUUUGCUGGACGUUCGGCUCGGGACUCUUUGGCUCCAUUUUUGGCUUCGCCAUCAUCAAGCCCCUCUCUCGUAUCCUUCCCGAGCGCUUUGGAGGGGGCUACUUUGGACCGAAAGAGAACGUGUGUGUGAUGAGUGCAGCAACCGCAGCAGGAUCGUUGGGUUUGCUGUUUGCGAGUGGGUUUCCGGCGAUGUAUCAGUUAGGCGUCAUGGGGAAUAGUCCGAAGGACGACAUCGGGAGGUUGUUCACGUUUACAAUUUGCUGUGCAUAUUUCGGGAUUUUCUUCACCAUUCCGCUACGUAAGUUCUAUAUCCUGAGGUUGAAGCUCGUCUUUCCAAACAGCGUUGCCACUGCAUACACUAUCAGGUCCCUUCACGUCGGGAAAAAUGCUGCAGUCAACGCACGGAAGAAAACGUACGCUCUACUCAUCGCAUUCUUCACCGCAAUAUGCUGGAGAGUGGUCUCCGAAUACGCACCCGGGAUCAUGUGGGACUGGCACUGGGCCUGGUGGUUCUAUAGGGCCGGGUGGUCGUGGAUCGUACGUGCGGAGAACUUUUCAUGGGUCAUCGAAUGGACUCCUGCCUUUCUCGGUGUAGGCCUCCUUGUUGGAUUUAACAAUUCCGCCUCGUUCCUUGGCGGUAGCGUUCUAUCGUGGAUGGUCAUUGGUCCGGCUUUGAUCGCCACUGGUAAAGCUUUCGGAACACCAGUCAGCUCCGAGUAUCCUGGGUAUAUCAGCAUGAUGAACAUGGUACUCGAUGAUCCUGUCAACCAGCCUUCCCCGAGGUAUUGGCUGAUUUGGCCCGGAACGUUCAUCCUUCUCUGUGCCUCAUUCGCAGAAGUAUUUUGCAACUUUUCCAGCGUCUUCACCGCUAUCCACCAAAUGUUACAACCAAUCCUUGCUCGCCUGCGGAAAUCGCCUCCCCCCUCAACCGAUUCAUACAUCAAAUCCAACCCGGAAUCAGAACCCAUAUACGACCCAGCCCCUCCGCACGAACAAGUCCCGUCAUGGAUGUGGGUUGGCGGGAUGCUGCUCGCCACCGUCGUCACCAUGAUCGUCAUGUCCACCCAAUUCAAUCAAAACGCCGGUGUCACCCUCCUCGCCAUCAUCUUCGCCUUUCUCUUCUCGCUCAUCGGGGCAGAGUGCUCUGGUAGGGUCUCGGUGAUUCCUGUGACGAGUAUUGGAAAUGCGAGUCAGUUGAUAUUCGGGGGCGUUAGUAGGGGGCGGCAUUUGAGCGUCCCGGAUAAUCAGAGAUUAAAUUCGUUGACGGGGAUGAUCGCUCUGGGUGCUUCGGAGCAGUGUGCGGAUAUGCUAGGUGAUCUCAAGUCGACGCACCUGCUCGGAGCUUCACCGCGGGUCCAGCUCUAUGCACAAUGUUGUGGUGCUCUUGUCUCCAUCUUCAUGAGCACUGGGAUGUAUGUUUUGUUCUCUACUGCCUAUCCUUGCAUCAACGACCUCGAAGCAUCCACUACCUGUUCAUUCCCUGCGCCUGAUGUAGCUUCGUGGCGCGCAGUAGCCGUUGCGGUCUCGUCUCCAACACUCCCAAUCCCUCCAUCCAGUGGCUACACCGCCAUCGGCCUAGGAAUCCUCGCCGUCCUCACCACCAUCUUCAAAUACCGCUUCGUCCCACCCGCAAAGCGCCACCUAGUCCCAAACUGGAACGCGAUAGGCAUAGCGUUCAUCCUCAAUACGUGCACGUACCCUAUCGCUAUGUUCAUGGGCAGUGUCGCGGGAUUGACGUGGCGGAGGUUCGGUGGGGCGAGUUAUACGAUGUAUAUGUUCCCGGUGGCGGCUGGUAUGAUCGCUGGUGAAGGGCUGGGUGGAAUUAUCAACGCCGUCCUGCAAAUCGCUGGUGUUUCGGGCAGUGUGCACGGUACGGCUGUGGGAUGUCCAAUGAAUGUAUACUGCGGGUAG